CACACCUUCAAAUGUCAGUAUACUCAUAACAGACCAGUCUGUAUGUUCCUCACCAGUUGAGCGUUUUAACCCGUUGGAAGGAACAUGGCGCCCGUGUCCUCCUAUGCGGUCUGCCAGAGAGCAGCCUGGUUGUACGGUAUACUUGCGGCGGAUCUAUGUGGCAGGCGGCAGAGAUGAACUACAUUUGGAGCUCAACACGGCAGAGAAGUUUGACCCUGACAACCUCAAAUGGACCCCGGUCAAACACAUGAGACAUAAGCGUUUUAAAGUUUCACUGGCAGUGUUUGAUGGGACGCUGCUGGCAGUCGGAGGCUCAGAUGGGAUAUCAACUCUUACAUCAGUUGAGGCUUAUAACCCUGACUCAAACACUUGGAGACACUUUGGAUGUAUGAAGACUAAGCACCCAGGGGCUGGGGUUGUCUUGCUAAAAAGACACAUUAAGGACUUGCUCUAAAUUUGUGCUUCAUUUGCUAAACUCUAGUUUGAUCUCUGAGUAAAAGUCUAUUUGAUAGAU